UAAAAUUAAUCCUAAAUAAAAAUGUCGAGUUUUAAAAACCACUCAUCUGUUGCUCCUCAUCACUAAUUUAUAUUUGUAUUGACUUAUUGAAAAGACGAAGAAAAUCACUAAAUCUAUAAAAAAUCAAUUAGGAGGGGCUUGCUGAACUGGUUUGAAUGUGAUCCAGAAAGGCCCAUACCCACUACGAUCCACAUCUAAUUAUCUAGUAUUUGUAUGAUAAUUUUUAUGCUAUGGCCUGACCACGAUGGUUCUCCGAAUUUUGUAAAUGUUGGUACGUACAUAUUUCUUUAAUUUCUGUAAAACGUCGCGGUCAUAUUCAUCGUUCGAGAGGUGUUCACGUUUCAAAAAAGUGAUUUUAAUGGUGCUCAUGAUGGAAAAAAAUUGGCUAAACGAUGUGCUUCGCAAUCUGUGUACAAACCGUGCUGAUAUUCUCGGCGAAGAAUCCACAUAUCUAGAAUUUGAAACUGACGAGUCGUAUGAAAAUAAAUCAUCCGCAGAUGGAUUGAAUUCGAAUCAACUCUAUGGGAAAAUAAUUUACAAAGAUGAACGUGGAAAUGUCUGUAAGUCAGAACCAGUUGUUGUAAAACGUGCAUUAAACACCUUCAGAGCGAAGUUAACUCUUUCAUUUUCUUUUAUCAACGAACUAAAUUUUUAUACGAAAAUUAUGCCAACUUUCAACACUCUCGAUGCAACAUUUUCAACAUUGUUUCCGAAAUUUUAUCACGGUGAGAUGAUAUUCAACGCUGAAGGAGAUCAAUCGACGUUAAUUUUUGAAAAUUUAAAAUCUAAAGGUUACACAAUGUCGGAGAAAAAAUCAUUCCUCAGUUAUCAACAUCUAAAUUUAAUGAUGCGUAAACUCGGACAAUUCCACGCUUAUUCCUAUAAAGCAAAAAAAUCCAUGCCAAAUUUAUUUUAUCCAUUGGCCAGAAAUUUUUUAGAAAGUUGUCGAGAAUUGAACAAGGAAUCUUUCGAUAUGCUGGCAUUUGGAGUUCAACGUGGAUUAGAUCAUCUGCAGCUAGAUCCUACUUACGUCGAAUACAUUCCACAACUGCAAAAAAUUCUGGAAAAUGCCGCAGAUGUAUUGGCAAGUAUUUUGACUGGUGACAGAAAUAAUCCAUUUUCGGUGAUCGUUCACGGCGAUUAUUUAAGUCACAACGUUAUGUUCAAAUACGAAAAUGAUGUUCCAAAUGAUGCGAUUAUGAUAGACAUGGCAACGUUUCGUUAUGGUUCACCUGUAAUAGAUUUGGCUAAAGUUUUGUACGUGAAUGCUGAUCAAGAUACCAGAGACAAACAUUGGGAUUCCUUGGUAAACGAAUAUUAUACCGCUUUAAAAGAAACGUUUGUUGAGAACGAAAUUCCAAGUAAGAAUGAAAUAUUAUCAGAAUUUAUCGAUAAAUCCAUCUUCGCGUACGUGUUGGCAUCAUUUUUUCUGCAAUUACUUAUUACUAAUGAUAAUGGGAUACUUAUUCGCAAUGCCAGUGAAUAUCAUUCAGAGAAUGAAACCACAGAAUCGGUUAUUGAAGAGGUCUUACACAAUGGAGGAGAACCUGCUACGCGAGCUUUGAGUAAUAUACUCAAAGACAUGAUAGACAGAAAGUUCAUUUGCAGAUAAUGAUUUUAUGUUGAUUGAAGAUCAAAUUGAGCUGCUUGGGCACGCUUUUGAAAUCUCAUAGUAGUAUAAAAAGUGAAUAACUGCUUACUAAGGGCUCGUUCUGGUCUCGUAUUCAGUGGAAUUGGAAAAAACAUCUUGCGCAGUUCGCAAGAUCAACCGACUUUGCUCUAAAUAUACCCCAGUAAUUUACCAACAUUUAUCUCAGUAAUUUACCAGACAUUACUUAAAAAUUUACCAAUUUAUCAAAAUGCGCGGAAGUACCCAAAUUUACCGAUUUAAUGAAUACGAAAAGUCGAAAACAUCGACAAAAUAAAAUAGUCAAUCAUAAGUAGCCAUCAUAUUACACUUUUAUGAAAUUGAUUUUCAAAUAAAAAUUAGCGUACUUAUGAAGACGUAACCGUCAUAUUACAAGUGGAAUAAUAUAUCAGGAAAAUUGUUGACAAAAAACAAAAUUAUUACCAAA